AUGCUGCUGCUCACCGCCCCGUCAGAGCUGAGGCCCGACCACCGAGCCUUCGAGCACACUCCUAUCCUGAGACACCACCACAGGCACAAGCACAAACACGCUCAAGUUAUACCCGAAUUCGACCCUCUAGACGAGACACCCUUCUUCGACCCUAUCUCCAGUUUCAAAGACAUUAGCUUCGUAGAGAAAGAUUUGAUACACAACGAUUUGUUCAACGAAAAGACGGAUUGGGUGAACAUGUCGAACGACCAAGUGGGAGAGCUGAAGGACAAGAAACACCACCCCCAUUGGCCCAUCAAGAGAGAGGCGGUCAUCGAAGGUGACCUGGUGCUAGGUGGUCUCAUGAUGGUGCAUGAAAGGUCUGACAGCAUGACGUGUGGGCCGGUCAUGCCCCAGGGAGGAGUUCAAGCGUUGGAGACCAUGCUUUACACCUUGGAUAUCAUAAACAAUGACCUGAAGUUGGUGCCAGGAGUGACGCUUGGCGCUCAUGUUUUAGAUGACUGUGAUAAAGAUACUUAUGGAUUGGAGAUGGCUGUUGAUUUUAUCAAAGGUUCCAUAAGCAACAUCGACGACGCGGAGUACGCGUGCAACGCGACGGCGGUGCGCAAGGUGAUCUCGGGCGUGGUGGGCGCCGCGUCCAGCGUCACCUCCGUGCAGGUCGCCAACCUGCUGCGCCUCUUCAAGAUCCCGCAGGUGCGCGCAACCUUUUGUUGGAACCCUCUACAUGACGCGGAGUACGCGUGCAACGCGACGGCGGUGCGCAAGGUGAUCUCGGGCGUGGUGGGCGCCGCGUCCAGCGUCACCUCCGUGCAGGUCGCCAACCUGCUGCGCCUCUUCAAGAUCCCGCAGGUGUCAUUCUUCUCAACAUCGCCCGAGCUGUCCAACAAGGCCCGGUUCGAGUACUUCACGAGGACGAUACCCUCGGACCUGCACCAAGUGCGGGCGAUGGUGGAGAUCGUGAAGAAAUUGGGGUGGAGCUACGUCUCCAUCAUCUAUGAAGAGUCCAGCUAUGGGAUAAAGGCUUUCGAAGAGCUGGAAGCGUUGUUAGCACGCAACGGCAUCUGCAUAGCAGUGAAGGAGAAGCUGGUGAAGGACUCAGGAGUGGCAGACGAGAGGGCCUACGACGACAUCGUCCACAAACUGCUGACCAAACCACGAGCCAGAGGUGCAAUAAUCUUCGGGUCUGACCAAGAAGUAGCGGGCGUGAUGCGAGCGGUGGAACGAGGGAACGCCACCAGUCUCUUCAGCUGGGUCGGGUCGGACGGCUGGAGCGCCAGGUCUUUGGUCUCCGAUGGGAAUGAACGCGCCGUGGAAGGCACCAUCAGCGUCCAGCCUCAAGCGCAUGACGUCAGCGGCUUUACGGACUACUUCUUGGGGUUAAAUGUGAAGAACAAUAAGAGGAACCCGUGGUUUGUUGAAUUCUGGGAGGACCACUUCCAAUGCCGCUACCCGGGCAGUCCACGGACCCCUUACAACGGGCACUACGUGCGGUCCUGCUCAGGACUCGAACGGCUGACCGCCGACAACACCGAGUUCGAGAGGCAGCUGCAGUUCGUCUCCGAUGCGGUCAUGGCCUUCGCUUAUGCGAUACGGAAACGGAAGUUCGGGGAUAUAUAA